AUGAAUCCUUACUCGAGACCUGAUCAACGCUAUGGCCAGCUGUCGCCGCCGUCUAGUACGAAGAGCACGAUAAAUUCACCGAUGAUACAAAAUGGUGUACCUGCGUCAGGACGGCUGCCACCUUUCAAUCCGAUGUCCUCUGCGUCUCCCAAUUUUGGAGACGGCCAGAUGGCCAUAUAUCAUGGUGGUCAGCAAUUCGCUUCGCCAUCACCACUGACAACCUCUCCAUAUCCUGUUCCGAUAUCUGCUGGACAAUCGCAUGGAAGCACAGAGUAUAUUGAUCGUGCCACAGAAGAGCAAGAAGAGAUGGCCGAGUACAGAAAGUGGAAGGCUAUGCAGCGCCAGCAGCAAGCACAACAGCAACAAGUGCAGAUGCGUUAUCAAGCAGGACCGCCUGCAGCGAUGCCACGGAAUCCGCAGUAUGUCCAGCAGCCAUUCCCUCUUCCGCAGAUGCACAAUGAUUCUGGCUAUGGUUCGGGCACCUUUGAAAACUAUGGCCAGUUUCAAGCAUUUCCCGGUCAACGGCCUCAAGCCUAUGCUGCAAAACCUGGCCACAAGUAUGGGAAUGUCGUCGCCUCCGGCAAUUCAAGGGUCGUAAGAGGAAAUGUAAUUGAUAGGACGGCGCCGAACAUGCUCGAGCGUCAGCACGAAUACGGAGAUGCUACCUCCUCGGACAAGGCGCGAGUGUUCGAUGGUAAUGUUACAAGUGAAGACAUGAAGGGCUUUUGGAACCACGACUGA